AACACACACCACGCGUCCGCCGAGACGCACCCCCGAUCGAAAACGUGAUGCGAGCUGGUGUGACCCCCCUGUUUCUCCUUGUGAGCGCAGCUAACCCUCUGGUUGGAUGGUGUUUGUUAGUUAGGCCAGCACACACAACAACGUCGCGUCGAACAUCCUCAUCGUUGUCAAGAUCUGCCGCUGACCUACUGCCGACGGCUGCAGGGACACCCGACGGUCGGCGGCAGCGCUUUUACAGCUCCAGAACCAGCACUAGUCGCGGCUACUACAAAGACGAAGAACAGGACCAUGAGGCGCCGCCGCCAUCACUUCGACGAAUACCAAACCACGCCCAGCUACCUUCGCUCGUCCAGGACACCAACGCCGUCACAACCACCACUACCGCCGAAACCGUCGUAUCUUUAGCGAGACAAGCGCUAGCGACGGUGGCGCUAGCGGCUGCCCUCACGCCGGCGGUGUUCAUCGGCGAGGUGACGGUUUCACCGCUGCUGGCGGGAAAGGGUGGGGUUCCGCCGCCUACUUCUGCGUUCGCUGAGCUGGAACCUUUACCGCUGAAGUCGUACUCGGAAGAGUUUUCCAGUGGGCUUGCACCCGUCAACACUGUACGCGGUUUGUGGCGAACCCGCGAGACCCGGAACGACGGUUCCUCGCUGCCUCAGGAAGCGGGUAGACUAGGCAGGAAAGGAAUCUGUGGGGGGCGGCUGUCCUUCAAGGGGUUCGUAGGGGCUGGGAAGGGAACAGUCGAGUACAAGGGGUGUGGGGACCGAGAGGGGAAAGGGAGGUGGCUCACCAAGCCCAAGAACAUCGUGAACGGAAGGAUAACGCUCUCCGCACGAUGGAGCGUCAACUUCACCGACGGCACAACCCUCUUCUACCGGGGGGACGUCGUACAAGACGCGGAGGCUCAGGGGACGGCCCUCACCGUCGAUACAAGCGGCGCGGCGGCCAUGGGGGGCCCGGCGUUCGAGAGGCCCGACGCUCACAUACGCGGGGAGGUGUUGCGUCCGGUGAAGAACAUCCAGGGCAGCCUUACCGAGAAGAAGAUAGGGGAGUUUGAGGCGGACUUGAUAGAGUUGCCGAGCGACGAAGACAAGUUGUGACGGGGGGUUGAGGACCACACCCCAAGAGUUGCACGGUUACCAAGUGGGGGAUCGUGGUGCUCGAAGACAAGAUUUUUCGAUGGAAUGGGCAAGCCCUGUGGUACGAGAUCCGUUUGUUGCAUGGUACCUCCUGCUGUUCGUACGAGCGGGACGGCACUGCUGUUGCCUGUGACGGGGUUGUUUGGAGCUCGUGUAGGGCAAGCUCCCCUGUCAAAGUCCUAUGGGCCAAUGCACUCCUUCGGGGCUACCACAAUGUAAUAUUUAUACUUCCAAAUUUAUGGACGCUCGUCGAAAAGCGACUCGCCGUGUCCGAAACCUACGGAGUGGCCGCACCCGUCUACUCUGUCAUGAUGACCUACAUACAUGUAGAUGGCAGGAGAGGCGCCCUACAUCCUCACCGCACUCACUGCAACGAAGUUUUGUGCAGGUUUAUCUCAGGUGUCGGAUACUACGGUGUGUCUUCCGCCGCGAGAAAUAGGGGCUUCGAUGGACACCUCAAUGAACACCCCUACCCUCAGGUCAUAGCCGUUAGGGAGUCGUGCGGCUUUGCCUCGCAACCUUUUGUUUACGAUGGUGCUCUUGUCGCGAGGAGCAAGUGAGAACUUCGCCGGCCGGCACAGUAGUGAGGUUUCUCGUGUGGCUACUACUGUUGUUUCCCGCGAAGAAAAGAGCGAAAAAAGUUGGAUGCCACAAUGACCAAUCAACCAGUCAAGGUUCCUGGAAACUUGAGCGGUCGUUCUUUGGGUGGUAUAGUUCUUGCGGUGGACUGUGAACACACACGGCCGCACCGCCGUGAUGGUUUUUUUUACGAAGACUGUCUUUCGCGCGGUUCAGAACUCCGCCAUGUUCAUGCUGGCGCUCCUCACUACACUUUGGCAAGGUGACGGAGCCCGGAAGGGCCACACCUCUUACGGCUGGCAUUCACCAACCAUGCACCCUCCCGUUGUUCUCAGUACAGCUCCUUCUUUUUCUUCGAGCCGGCCACGCAGAAUGAUGGCUGUCAUGUGCAGCUUCGGGGGGUACACUCUUCUUGUCUUUGGAUAUUUGAAAGAUAUUUCACCACCGCGGUGGGAUCGUACUUGUAUCCUUCAGGAAUUUCCCUUGCAAAGACUGCCAGCAGAUGGCUAGGCUCAGGCCACUGUUUAUGGUGGCGGAAUCUCAAUCUUAAUCUUGAUUUUUGGUAGGGGGGGGGGUCGAUUCGAGAAAUAUCUCGGAUGUACACUUGUUAUGGAGUCCAAAUCUUGCCUCAAAAUAUUGGCAAGAUUUGGAAUGAAACCAACGAGCCCCCUUUUGCCCAAAUAUUUCGCCAAGAUUUGGGCGCUGGCAGCCUUGUCAAAAUCUUGCCGAGGGGGGGGGGUCAAUAGCGCCGCACCGUUCCAGACCGUCCACAUAAUCAGCGAGUGCGACCUGGGUUCUUGACGUAUCGCUCCCAUCAAG